AUGGUGGUCAGGGUUUGCAUAGACGCCGACCACUCACCGUUCGUAACAUCCUUGGCGUUCCCCCAGGGCAUUGCUCCCGGGGAAAAUAUUGAAUUGUACAUCGGGACAUGGGAUCUACCCACGAACCCACCACCUAAAGCAAACACAAUUGUUGUAGACCCGUUGACCAAAGUAGUUCAUGUAGCACGGACACUGGAAAGCGUGUCGAAAAGGCCAUCUGACGCGCCGCUCGAAUCAAGUAGGAAAAGAGCUUUCGUGAUUCCCAAUUCGGGGGCGACGACGAGCAAUGGGACCGAAAAACACAGAUGCGGGGAAUGCGGCCAGUUCUUCUCAUCGAUCAAGGAAAUCUCAGUGCACAUGCAGCAACACUUAUCCAACAGAGCCCCUCAGGAAAAGGUUUCAACUGUAACGCUCACCCACCGGCCGAGAGACGGCAGUCAACCCAUGAAGGCGACCAUCACGCAGGAGCCGAGUCGCCCAAACUUGGUGGAGAUUUCGAUUCCCGCCGCAGCGGUGGACAGCUUCAUCACCGCCGUAACCGACCAAGCCCAGCAAAUGCUUCUCAAGUUAGCCAAACCUCAAGCGGGAAGCCGUUUGGAAAUAAGAAAAACUGAGCACCAGACGGGCGAUGAUGAUUUGAAAAAGAUCACCAUGGAGGCCUUAUUUGAGCAGGAAUUCGAAGCGUUCCGAGAACGCACAAUUGUCCCCACGAAGCUGGCGAGAAUGACGUCGGAGGAAGUCUCGAAGUUCGAAUUCCACUACACGAGAUCACUCUAUGAGAGAGGCUUGCUUGAGCGCCAAAUCGAGUGCAAGAAGCUGCGGCUGGACAAGGAAAAUAUUCGCUCGUCGGAGCAGAAUCUUGGGACAACACAUCUAUGCAGCGGAACAGAUACUGAAGCAGGAACUUCGUCUGAGGAACUGUCGUCGGACUCUGACGAAAACCUUCCCGUGGAUGCGUCCACGGGUGGCAGCGUCGAGCCACAGCAGUGCCCGGAAUGUUCCCGUAGGAUCCUGGACGCGCGACUCUUCAGACAGCACCUAGCCGAGUGCCGCCUGUUGAACCCGAAGAAGUGUCCGGACUGUUCGCUUCCUUUCGCCUCCGUUUCUCAGCGAAAUCGCCACCAGAGAGAAGCUCAUGGCACCAAGACUCAGUGGAAAUGCGCUUACUGCACGGGUGCUCCCGAGCAUUUCAUCUCUGAGAAAAGCCUCAAUCUACACCUCUACAAGAUUCACGGGAAAGCGCUGACUGCCGCCGAGCGGGAGUCCAUCAGAAACGAGUACCAAUGCGUUUGUAGUCAAUGCGGCUUCAAAACUUGGAGCAAGAAAACGCUCCAGGUCCACCGCACCAAAGAGCACAUUUCCAAGGAAUGGACGCUGUGGUGUCCCGCGUGUGCUUUCGGGGCCGAGAAUACAGCUCAGUUAGUGGAGCACGUGCGAGCCAUGCACAAAGACGAUCCUUGCUGGUACGUCUGCUUGAUCUGCUACCGAGCGAUAUCCCUGGUGGGAGGCGAUCAAUCUGCGGAACUGCAUAAAGCCUUGCACGCCGAAGGAGCGGGAUUCCCAUGUACGCAGUGCAGCAAGAUGUUCGAGACUGAAGAGAAGCUCACCGUUCACUCAGGAAUUCAUGCCGUCAAAGUGAAUACAUACCACUGUGGCGUAUGCGACACCCCGAAUCGAACGUACCGCGGUUUAGCGCGACACAUGGCCUUGAACCACCGCCCCACGAAGUCUGCCUUGGAAUCGGCCUCCACGUCGAGACCGGGACUUCACAAGAGCGCCUCAGGGACAUACGUGUGCAACCAAUGUGCUCAGACCUACGAAUGCGAAAGUCAGCUCGUCGCGCAUCAAGUCUGUCUCCAUCAGGGUUUUGAAGACGAGCAGUAUCCCUGUCCCUACUGCUUGAAGAUCUUCGCGAGACAACACUAUUUAGCUCUGCAUCUCCGGAGGCAUUUGGAUGAGAAGCCGCACAAGUGUUCGUUUUGUCCUCGGAGUUUCUCCCAUUUUUCCUCGUUGAAGGGUCACGUGACCAUGAAGCACACGAGAGACUUCAGAUUCAGCUGUCCGCAGUGCGAUAAGGGAUUCGUCUCGAGGAUGAAAGUGCUGAAACAUCUGACCCAAACCCAUCACAUGUCCAUGGAGCAGGCUGCCGAAGCAGUACCCGUGGAGGGUAGACCGCCUAAUAGGGAACAGUCGCCACCGCUGGUCGAAGGCGGCUCAAGGAUGCGCCGCACUGCUCCCAUGAGCCCCGAUUCGAAACAGCAGAACUUCCCGGAACAGACGCAAGGAUCCGAACAGGUCGUUGGUGUUGAGAGUGUCGCGGCUCCUCCUGCCACUGGCGGUAGCGUGUUCUAUGAGCUGACGCAUCCGGAUGGGUCUCAGUCGGUCGUUCGGCUCGAACCCGGACAGCAAUUGCUUUUAGAAGACGAGCAAGGCGUGAAGCAAGUUAUCGACUUCAACGAUAUAGUCCAACGCCAAGACGACUCCACGGCAUCGUGA